GCACGUCUUACUAAUUGACGUUGAGACAGCUCCAAGAGAAGAAGCCAACUGGAUGUAAACAUGGUGAAACACAGAUGAGAACAGCGUCAACAUGGUGUUUGAGAGCGUGGUCGUUGACGUCCUCAACCGGUUCCUAGGGGACUACGUUGUGAACCUCGACAGCUCGCAGCUGAAGCUCGGCAUAUGGGGAGGUGAUGCUGUUCUGAAAAAUCUUGACAUAAAGGAAAAUGCCUUGAGUCAGCUUGAUCUCCCUUUUAAAGUGAGAGCUGGUCACAUAGGACGUCUGGAGUUAAAGAUUCCAUGGACGGACAUCUACAACCAGUCAGUGGAAGCCACGUUAGAUGGUGUCUAUCUGCUUAUUGUCCCCACAGCAAGCAUAAAGUACGACGCAGAGAAGGAGGAGAAGCAGCUACAGGAGGCUCGUCAGAGGGAGCUCAAGCGAAUAGAGGAGACAAAGCUCAAGGCUGCAGAGCAAGAGAACCCAAACUUGGAGAAGCAGGACACCUUUGUGGAAAAGCUCGUCACUCAAGUCAUCAAAAACCUACAGGUCAAGAUCUCUAACAUCCAUGUUCGCUAUGAGGAUGACAUCACUAAUCCAAACUGUCCCUUGUCAUUCGGAGUAUCACUUAAAAACCUCAGCCUUCAGACAGCUGAUAAUAACUGGAAACCCAGUUUGCUGGAUGAACACUCCAAACUUUUCUUUAAGUUGGUUCAGCUGAACAACUUGUUUGCCUACUGGAAUGUCAACUCGGUUCUCUUCUCCAAUCACAGCCCAGAUGAAGCCCUGCGGUGUCUUCAGAGCAGCAUGGAAAUCCAGCCCUCUCUUCCUGUCAGCCACGACUUCAUUUUUCGCCCCAUAUCAGCAAAAGCUAAACUGCGGAUGAAUCCCAGGUCCGAUGUGGAUUUCUCUUCUCCUAAAGUGGACUUGAUGGUCGACCUCAGUGAGGUGGCUAUUGAACUUAACAAACCUCAGUACAUUAGCAUUUUGGAGCUGCUGGGCUCAGUGGAUAUGAUGACACGAAAUCUGCCGUACAGAAAGUACAGGCCUGAUGUCCACGUUCACAGGAACGCUGAGAUAUGGUGGAAGUACGUGAUAACAAGCAUCUUGGAGGUGGAUGUGAAGCCACAUCUCCACAUGUGGUCAUGGAAACACAUCCAGCGGCACCGGAAAACAGUCAAGUGUUACAAAGAGCUGUACAAGACGAAGAUCACCAGCAAAAAACCCAGCGAGGAGCUGCUCAAGAAGCUAGAGAAUACAGAAAAGUCUUUAGAUAUUUUUAACAUCACACUGGCCAGGCAACAAGCUGAAGUGGAGGCAAGCAAGGCAGGGCUACGUAUUUAUCGUCCGGGGAUGAAGAUGGAGGAGGAGGAGUCUCAGGGUUGGAUAAGCUGGAUGUGGAACUGGGGAGGAGAGGCUGAGACGCAGACCAAAGAGGCCAAGACAGGAACAUUUGAUGAAUUGUUGACUGUGGAAGAGAAAGCCAAACUUUACACUGCCAUCGGAUACAGUGAAGUUGCAACAAAUCCCAACCUGCCAAAAGAUUUUGUAGACAUGAAGGUCAAUUUCCAUAUGGAAAGAUUGUCUGUGUCCAUCAAGGACAAGAAGGACAAAAAUGAGAUCAUCAAACUGACUGUGGAGGAUCUCAAGUCAACGCUAAAACAGCGACCUGGAGCACAAGCCAUUAGUGUCACAGCCCAGCUUACUUUGUUUGAGGUCACCGGUCUGGCCACUAAGAAGCCGGCACCGACCCUCCUUUCGUCAAGAAAGGCGGCCACAGGAACAGGAACUCCGCUGCUUUGCAUCCUGUUUGAGACCAACCCGCUGGAUCAGAGCGCCAACCAGCGGCUCCACGUUGAGUCACAACCACUGGAAAUCAUCUAUGAUGCUAUAACGGUGAACAACAUGUCAGAGUUCUUCAGGCCUCCGGAUGACCUGCAGCUGGAUGAGCUCACCAACGCCACCCUGAUGAAACUGGAGGAGUUCAGGGAUCGCACAGCCACUGGUUUAUUGUACGUGAUCGAAACACAGAAAGUUCUCGACCUGAAGGUGAACCUGAUGGCCUCCUACGUCAUUAUUCCACAAAGCGGCUUCUACAACGGGACCCAGAACAUUCUGCUUUUGGAUCUUGGUCAUUUCAAGAUGUCCAGUAAGAGCAAGAAGAACUUGCCCCAGCUGUCGGUGGGUUCCAGCAACAUCGAAGACAUCAUGUCCAGAGCGUACGACAGCUUUGACGUUCAGCUCAGCAGCCUGCAGUUCCUUUACAGCAAACCAGAUGGUGAUUGGAAAAGAGCUCGCAAACAGAAGCAAUCUCCGCUCCACAUCCUGGAGCCCGUGGAUCUGAAAGUGGUUUGCAGCAGAGCCAUGGUUGUGAAAGACUCGCGUAUGGCAAAGUAUAAAUUGUCUGGUGAGCUCCCGCUGCUGUCUCUUCGAAUUUCCGAUGUCAAACUGCGAAGUGUUCUGGAGCUGGUGGAGAGUAUCCCGCUGCCUGAGAGCAAACCAGCAACACGCAGCUCUUCUUCUGCCAACACAAAGUCAAAGCAGUCGAUCACUCCUCAGCUCAAGGGAAGGAAACACCUGAGUUUAGUCGACCAGCGAUCCUCUCUCAUUUUUGAGUCCUGCGAGACCCUCAGCAUCGGCUCACUGGGGUCACAGGAAGAUUUGUUCUACGAUGCUCCCAGCUCUCCAAUCGGGGAUAAGGCUUUCUUCCCGGACAAUCCCAUGCCACUGCGCUAUGCAGAUUCAAGCAGAAGAGCAAAUCUGAUCAAGGAAGAUGCUCAGAAGAACAUGACUGAGCUUUCCAUGGAAUUUGAGAUCAAUGAGUUGUCUGUUCAGCUGUGUCGUCUGUCUGGAGCUCAGGAGGUCGUAGUCCUACACCUGGAUAUCGAGGGUCUGGGCACUAAGCUGAAACUGCGCACCUUCGAUAUGACAUCAAAUAUCUUCCUGCGUGAAAUCUGCCUGAAGUGUCCCGAGUACAUGGAUUCUGAAGACAAGCAAGUUCAACUGAUCACCACCUUAGACAACACAGAAGUUGACCUCCUCACCUUGGAGUAUACCAAAGCUGAUAAAAAUGGUCCAGAGUUUAAAUCGCAGCAUAACAAUACAGAGCAAUCCAUUAAGGUGAUGUUUUCAUCCUUGGAUGUUCAUCUGCAUACGGAGGCACUCCUACACUCCAUAAACUUCCUCAGUAACCUCCUUCCCCAGUCCACUAAGAAGGAAGGAGGGCCGGAGGAGCUGCCCACCAUCCCAGAGGAAACUGAGGCAGAGAAAGAGGGAAAAAAGAAGGGGGAAACGACUGUAACCAAGAAAAAACCUUCCAAAAGCUCUAAGUUUGCAGAUGUGGUGAAUCUUAACGUGAGAGCCGACCUACGCUGCUUGAAAGUGUUCAUUCGAGGACAGAAAGCCAGAAUCUCAGAAAUAAGUAUUGAAGGUCUGGUUACUGACGUCAAGAUGAGAAAGAAGAACAUGGAGAUCCUAGCCAACCUGAAGAGCAUUGUGAUCCUGGACUGCAACAAAGAUGCCUUAUACAAGAAGGCUGUCUCUAUUGCAGAUAAGCAGGUUUUUGCCUUCCGGAUGUUAAACUACACAGGGGCAACAGAGGGAGACGCCUAUCUCGACAUGUCUAAAGUCGACACAUCCGUCUCACUGGAAGUUGGGUGCAUUCAGGUCAUUUUCCUCAACAAGUUUGUCUCUUCCAUCCUGGUGUUUAUUAAUAACUUCCAGGAGGCUAAAGAGGCCCUCGCUGAGGUGACGGUUCAGGCUGCAGAAAAAGCAGCAUCUGGCGUGAAGGAGCUGGCGGAGAGAAGCACUCGAAUCUCUCUUGACGUCCACUUCAAUGCGCCUGUGAUUUUCCUACCGCAGUCGUCCACCUCUUCAAAUGUCAUCGUUGCUGAUUUGGGUUUCCUGUCAGUCAAGAACCAUUUCAUCAAGCAGCCAUUUAAAAAUAACUCGACAGUCCCGCCGGUUGUGGAUAAAAUGACAGUGAGACUUACCGACCUCAAGAUGUACAGAACCACUUACGUAAAUGGGAAAUUUGAAGGAGAGACUCAGCUGCUGAAGCCGGUCAGCCUGGACCUGGAAAUCCAGCGCAAUCUUUCAGCCAAUUGGUACCACAGCAUCCCUGAUAUAGAGAUCACUGCUCAUCUAAAGCCUAUGAGUCUGAUCCUCUGCCAGGAUGACAUGAUCGUGGUCUUGAGGACUCUGGGUGAGAACCUGUCAGAGAAGUCUGAGGCUGUGCAGCCUGCAGCGGUUCUGCCCACCGCUGACCCGUCCUCUGACUCUGUGUCCAACAAAGAGUCUCAGGGCUCAGGAACCACUGGACCCGCCAGUACAGGCAACACGGUGGUGAUAGCUGCUGUGGUGGAGACCCAGAAACACAGCAAGCUAAAGACCACGCUCAAGCUGGACUUCAAGUUCGACUCCAUGACUGUAGUUCUUUACAGCCCUAACGAGAACGUGUUGCAGGUCUUAGACCCACACGAUGAACAGCUGAAGUUGGCAGAAUUUACUCUGGGCACCAUCUCCACUUCUGUCCAAAUGUUCUCUGACAGCUCCAUGAAGGCAUCUGUGCGACUCUCUACGUGCCUCCUAGAUGACAAGAGACCAAGAACCAAGAUGGUCACAUCAAGGAUGAUGGAACUGCUGCCAGGUGCCGAGCGCAACAUGAUGGUGGAGGUGAACUAUCGUCAGGGGCUUGAUGGCACCAACAUAGACACCAUGGUGCAGAAUGUGUACCUGUGCGCCAGCAUGGAGUUCCUGCUCACAGUGGCAAAUAUUUUUCUCAAAGCCACCCAGCAGGGUUUUGCUAAGGCGGCACAACCCAAAACCAACACUGAUGCUGGAGAAAAGAAGAACAUUAACUCUUCUGUCGCAUCUAAAGACUCAAGUACAGCUGCAGCUCCGGUGUCAAAGAUGGAGAUGAGCGUCGUCGUGCGUAACCCAGAGAUCGUGUUUGUGGCCGACCUGACGCGCGGCGACGCCCCAGCCCUGGUGAUGACCACACAGUGUGAGCUGUCCAUAAUAAGUGGAGCAGAGUCACUGAUGACCGCAGCCAUCAAAGACUUAAAGGUUAUGGCGUGUCCCUUCUUAAGAGAGAAGAGGAGGAACAAUGUGACCACCGUUCUGCAGCCAUGUCAGGUCUUCUAUGAGAGCUCUCAACCCUCUGGGGGCCCUCAGGCUAUGAAAGUUGACAUUAACACUCUCACGCUGAAGGUAUCUCCUGUCAUCAUCAACACCGUGAUUACCAUCCAGUCAGCGCUGAUGCCCGUGGCUGAGACUCCCGAGGAGCAGGAGAGCCCCGUUCCUGUCAACAUCUGGGAGAAACAGGCCUGGAAGGAGCUCAAACUUUGGUUCUUGGAAGAGGACGGGGAUGAAAGCACAAAGUCUCUGACCCCACUGAUUCCACAGGGAGAGUCCUUAAAGUUGACCAUAAAUUCAAUCUGCGUGACUCUGGAGGCCGGAGUGGGACACCUUACCAUCCCCAUGCUUCUCGCCAAGUCCUCCUUUCAGGGAGAAGUGAAAAACUGGUCCACGCUCAUUUACCUCCACAGCGAGCUCACCCUGGAGGUUCACUAUUACAAUGAGAUAUUGGGAGUGUGGGAGCCGCUGUUGGAGCCCUUAGAGGACGAGACGGGCGAGGGCUUCAAGCCUUGGACUCUGAAUCUGAAGAUGAAGAAGAAGCCAGUGAAGAGCAUGCCUCUUUACGAUGAGGUGGAUUACAGUAUUCCAGACUAUAAGACGGUGAUUCACAUCAGCAGCAAAGACCAGCUCAACAUCACCCUCUCCAAGUGUGGACUCACCAUGCUGAGUAACCUUGGCACAGCAUUUGCAGAAGCUGCCAAACAGACCGCCGAGUGUUUUCAAAAGGAUGAAGCUCCAUUCGUUGUGAAAAACAGGCUGGGUCUUCCGGUCUCUGUGCGACAUAGUGAGAUGUUUUCCCCCGUGGGCAAGCAGAGCACCGGACACACUGUGGAGCUGGAGGAUGGCGGGACCCUCGAGAUGGACUACUCAGUCACAGCGCACUCUGAUCAGUUCUCAGCUAUGACUUCCCUGAGUGAAAAAGACUACUACAUAGUGCCUACUCCGAUGGGCCACACCUCCACCAGCGUAAUCCCCCUGAUCAAAGUGGGCAGGGGGAUGUACAGCGUCAUGCACAACGACUCGGGCGUCACUCGCUUCCUCGUCUGUCAGAUUUCCCCUGUGGAGGGCAGCAAAUACAUCAAGAUCCGCUCUCCUUUUCAGAUUAUCAAUCAUUUCACAAUUCCAUUUAACAUUUUUGAGGGAUCGACAUGUCUGGGAGAAGCUUCUCCGACUGAGGAGUUCUGUGUGCCCCUGGAUUCAUACAGGUCUGAACUGAGCCUGCAGCCAAUAACUGGGAACACCGCUGAGUACAAGGGACAGCAGUUUGCGGUAUCGGAGGGCUUCAGUUACGAGGACAUCUUAAACCAAGAUACUCGCUUGCAGCAGACCUGCCGAUGUGGUGGAGAUGAGUUUGGCAUGAUGAUGAUCAACAUCGUGCCAGUGAAGGAUACAGUGACGUGCAAGGAGACGGGAGAUAUCGGGGAGAACUUUGACGUGCCCUUUGUGCUUCACCUCUGGCCUUCUGUCCUGCUGCGUAAUCAGCUGCCUUACACAAUUGUCUACAAAUUAAAGGGGAUGGGGGUUUGUGGCCCUGAAGUCACCCUGGAUCCAGGCCACUCUGCUCAGCUUCACACUGCGGUCAUCAACCAGUCAAGUCUUGAUCUCCGUCUUCUAGAUUAUUUGGCUCAGGACUGGUCUUCUGAAUACAGACUCCAGAGCGAGCAGGAGGAAAUCACCUUCAUCGUGUUCCAGUCGCUGCGGGUCGACGAGGAAGAUGUCGGCGAUGGGAACGAGUGGAAGAAGCCCGAGUUGGAUAUAGCCGUGCACGUGCAGUACGAUCCAGGUCAGGCCGUCGUUUCCAUCCACUCUCCGUACUGGAUGGUGAAUAAGACGGGGAGGCUGCUGCAGUACAAAGCCGACGAUGUCCACCGUAAACACCCGCUAGACUACAGCAUGCCCCUGCUCUUCUCCUUCAAGCCUCGCUAUUUUCUGCGCAAAAACACGGUCCGCCUCAUGAUCUCAGACAGCGAUCUGUCAGAUGGUUUCUCUCUGGACACGGUUGGUAGCCAUGGCGAAGUGAAAUGUAAAGGCCGAUACAAAGACUAUCUGGUUGGUGUGACGAUUUACGCGAGCAGCUUCAGUCUCACGCGCAUCGUGACCUUUGUGCCGUUUUACAUGCUGGUCAACAGAACCAAGCGGCAGGUCUUCAUAUGUGAGGACGGCCAAGAGAACUGGACUCAAGCAGACCCAGAACAGUCAGCUCUUCCUUUCUGGCCUGAAAAUGACACCAAGCGUCUAAAGAUCAAAUUAGAAGGAUGUCUAGCUCCUCCUCAGACCAUUGAUUUCACCCGACCACAGAACUGCCUGUUGCUUCGUCUGGACAACGCCGUGGGCGGGAUCGUUGUUGAUGUGAACCUGUCGGAGCACUCGACCAUCAUCCAAUUGUCUGAGUACCACGACGGGGCAGCCCCUUUCCUCCUCAUCAACCACACCAACGAUCAAACUCUUCAGUUCAGACAGAGCACCUGGCAGGACAGCAUGUGGGUGGCUCACGAGUUGCUCGACCUUUCCUUCUCAGUGGAGGAGGACAGCUCUCAGAAGAUGGUGGAGUGGGAAGAGCUGGAGGCUGGAAAAGCCGUGUACUACACCUGGACCGAGCCCACCGGGUCGAGAGAGCUUUGCUGGAAAUGUGGCGGGCACGAAGGAAAAUUAAAGAUUGAGAAGGAGCUGCUUGGUGAGCAAAAAGACAAAGACUCAAAACUUUACGUUAUUCCCUUUUAUGAAGGUCUCCAGCGUGUUGUGCUGUUCACUGAGGAUAAGCGGGUCUUCAAGCUGCUUAUGGAUAAUGAAAUGGUCCAACGCGCUGAACAGGAAAUCGUCCUGUCGCUGCAGAAUAUGGGCAUCUCUUUGGUCAACAACACCAACGGCCAAGAGAUUUCAUUCAUUGGAAUCACCAGCUCGGACGUGGUGUGGGAGAUAAAGCCCAAGAAGAAAGGUCGGUGGAAGCCUCUGAGCACAGAAGAAGCUGAGAUGUUGGAGAGCAGCUUCAAAGAAUACCUUGAUUCCUCGCCGGUAGACGACCAAAUCACUGACUUGGAUAACAGCUUUCAGGUCUGUUUUACGCCUAAUUGUACAGAUAUGCAAAUGCUGCAGCCAGUAGCAGCUCCUCUGAGGCGCCACUAUUUGCCCGGGGUGAAGAUGGAGUACAGCAUUUCACAGCGACAGAGAUCCUACCGUGUCCAAAUCCACCGCAUACAGAUCCAGAGUCAGCUGCAAGGCGCCAUCUUCCCUUUCGUUUUUUACCCUGUUAAACUCCCAAAGUCAAUCGCCAAGGACACAGAACCUAAACCACUCAUUGAUCUCAGCAUUAUUACCAGAACUGCUGGACACUCUGACAUCUCUCGCAUCAAGUACUUCAAAGUUUUGAUCCAGGAGAUGGCUCUAAAGCUUGAUCUGGGCUUUCUGUAUGCCGUCCUGGACUUCGUUACAUCCGAGAACGCCGGUGUCAUGACUCCAGAGCAGGAGGUGGAGCAGUUUACUAAGGACAUAGAGUAUAUAAAGACCGAGCUGAACCAUGUCUCCUCCAACGAUACGUCUCCCAUCAGCCUCUUUGAGUACUUCCACAUUUCCCCCAUCAAGUUGCAUUUGAGUUUCUCUCUGAGCACAGGAGGAGAAGACGGCUUAAAGGAGAAGAGGGAAACCGAACUCAUCCCUGUUCAGUCCCUCAACCUCCUGCUCAAGAGUAUCGGGGCAACUCUCACCGACGUACAGGAUCUGGUCUUCAAGCUGGCAUUCUUCGAGUUAAACUUCCAGUUUUACACCACUCAGCAGCUACAGUCGGAGGUCGUCAGACAUUACUCUAAGCAGGCUAUUAAGCAGAUGUAUGUGCUUGUGCUGGGCCUGGAUGUGCUUGGGAACCCGUUUGGGCUGAUAAGAGGAUUGUCAGAGGGCGUGGAAGCUUUCUUCUAUGAGCCUUACCAGGGAGCCAUCCAGGGUCCUGAAGAGUUUGUGGAAGGAAUGACCAUCGGCGUGAAGGCUCUGUUUGGAGGAGCCGUUGGCGGUAUUGCAGGCGCAGCCUCCAGGAUAACGGGGGCCAUGGCGAAGGGCGUCGCUGCCAUAACCAUGGAUGAGGAAUACCAGCAGAAGAGACGAGAAACCAUGAACAGACAACCUACAGGCCUGAAAGACGGGCUGGCCAGGGGUGGAAAAGGACUGGUUUCUGGAUUUGUCAGUGGGAUCACAGGGAUUGUAACCAAACCUAUUAAAGGGGCCCAGAAGGAGGGAGCGGCGGGUUUCUUUAAAGGUUUCGGCAAAGGUCUGGUGGGUGCCAUAGCUCGGCCGACGGGAGGCAUUAUCGACAUGGCCAGCAGUACUUUUCAGGGAAUUAAAAGGGCAGCAGAGACCUCACAAGAUGUCAUCUCUCUGCGUCCUCCUCGCUUCAUACACGAGGACGGCGUCAUCCGACCAUAUAAGGAGAGAGAGGGUAUCGGGAGUCAGAUGCUCCAGAAUAUUGAGAACGGACGUUUUGCCAAGUACAGAUACUUUGCUCAUGCCCAGGUGAACGAAUCAGAUUUCUUCAUGAUCACCAAAAGAGGAAUAUUUUUUGUGACUAAAGGCACCUUUGGCCAGCUGACCUGCGAGUGGCAGUAUCUUUUUGAAGAAUUCACAAAGGACCCAAAAAUUGUAGGUGGACGUCGACUUCGGAUUGAGGCCAAGGAAAGGGUGAAAUCAGUCUUCCACGCCAAAGAGUUUGGGAAGAUCAUAAACUUCAAAACACCAGAUGUUGCCGAGUGGGUUCUUACCAAAUUGCAGGAGGCCAGAGAUCGUUUACCUAAAUUCUAAUAAAGACAACUAAGAUGUGCUAAAAACACACACGGUCAGUGUGUCAGUGCCUUUGCUCUCUAAUGCAUGCCUGCUUUGUGUCCCUUAAUGUGUAAGCAGCGCACAAAUAAUGUUUUUUUUUUUUUAUUGACUGACUGCAUGAAGUUAGGAGUGAAAGAUUAGGUGAGAGUGAGAUAAAACAAAUAUUCUUACAUAAAAACGUGUAACUGGUGUGUUUCUGAAUUACAUGAUUUCUUUACAGAAUCUCAGAAUGCAUUGAACCAAACUUGUCAUUACUCUAAUUGCACUCAUUGUUUUUGCACAAAUGGUUUUAUUGUUGAUUUAAAGAACAUUAAUCCUAGAGUUUACCUACACAUUUUGUAACAUUCAGCUGAUGAAACCGGGGUAUUUUGAAACCUAAUGCUUGUCUUUAGUUCUGUCUUUCACUGUCAGACGCAUAAAGUCACUGAUUUUAUUCCACUUCAUUAUCAGCUAUGUUUGUCUUUGUAUAAAAAGGUAGAAAUAUCACUGCAACAGCUUGAAAGUAUCCUGAAUAACACUGAGGCCAAAUUUCCAAUUGCACAUUUAAGGUUUAAAGCUGUUUAAUAUUUAACAGAUUAUAUAAAAGGGAAUCAACGUGUUACUGUAACAUUAUCAUGGUUCGCCCUUUCUUUUACCUCGCCAAGUUUUCCUGUUUUUACAUUUUUUUCAAUACUAAGACUGUUUAGUUGGAGAUUUACGGAUGCAUGCUAUUUUUAUACUGUACUCUAAUCAGCUGUAUGUUCAUUUUAUAUAAUCAUUGUAACCAUGCUCAUCAGUCUGUGGGAUGCAGAUAAUAAUGUUACAUGUAUGUUUUUGUACCACACACAUGCGAUGCAAACUUUAUGAAAGAGAAAUAUAUGCAGAGAGAGGUUUAUUUAAAAUUAAAGGAAUUCUAAUUAUUAUUGGCUGCUGUUUUGUCCGAGGUACAGGUUUCCUGUUUGUGUCGAUGAAUAUUAAGAAUAAACAUUUCUGAUGCCAUUCUUACUUUUUUUUUUUUUUAUUU